AACCAACAUUAUAUAAAAAUAUGUAAAGUUUUGCGUAGUGUGUUAGUUACGUUUGCGUACAUAAACGUUUUUAGAGGCAAAUGACGACAAAAUGUUUAGUUUAUUUGCGUGGGGUCUGUUGUCUGUCUUGGUUUGUUGUGGUGUAGGAGAAAGCAAAAGAAAUGUGCUUUUGAUCAUUGCUGAUGAUGGCGGGUUCGAGACUGAUGUUUACAACAACACCGUGGUCCAGACUCCUCGUCUCCGAGCUCUGUCUCAGCGCAGUUUAAUCUUCAAGAACGCCUUCACAUCCGUCAGCAGCUGCUCACCGAGUCGAUCCACCAUCCUGACCGGCCUACCACAGCACCAAAAUGGGAUGUAUGGGCUUCAUCAGGGAGUCCAUCACUUUAACUCAUUUGACGGAGUGCGCAGUCUUCCUCUCCUCCUGAAAGAAGCCAACAUACGCACGGGUAUCAUCGGGAAGAAACAUGUCGGUCCGGGUCCCGUAUACCCAUUUGACUUUGCCUACACGGAGGAGACCAAUUCCGUGCUGCAGGUUGGUCGGAAUAUCACCAAGAUCAAACUUCUCGUUCGCAAGUUCUUCCAGAGCCAAAGGGAGCAGGAGGAACGUCCGUUCUUCCUUUAUGUGGCUUUCCAUGACCCCCACCGCUGCGGACAUUCCCAGCCACAGUAUGGAGCGUUCUGCGAAAAGUUUGGGAACGGGGAGAGCGGAAUGGGGAGAAUUCCGGAUUGGGAGCCGAAGUAUUACUCUCCAGACCAGGUCAAGGUACCAUAUUUUAUUCCCGACACACCUGCUGCCAGGGCGGACAUCGCAGCCCAGUACACAACAGUUAGCAGAUUGGACCAAGGUAUCGGUCUGGUUCUGCAAGAACUCCGGGAUGCCGGAUUCGAAAACGACACUCUUGUCGUCUAUAGCUCGGAUAAUGGAAUUCCGUUUCCAAAUGGUCGCACUAACCUGUACUGGUCAGGUGUGAGGGAACCCAUGCUGAUCUCCUCACCUGAACACAGAGAGCGAUGGGGACAGAUCAGCCAGGCCUACGUCAGUCUCCUGGACAUCACACCUACCAUUCUGGACUGGUUCUCCAUCCCGUAUCCAUCCUACAGCCUCUCUGGUAGUCGUCCUGUAGAGCUGACGGGUCGCUCUCUCCUCCCAGCCCUAAUCUCGGAGCCCGCCUGGGUCACAGUCUACGCCAGUCAGUCUCUCCACGAGGUCACCAUGUACUACCCGAUGCGCUCCAUCCACCAGGGCCCUUACAGGCUCCUGCACAACAUGCAUUACCGUAUGCCCUUCCCCAUAGACCAGGACUUCUACGUGUCCCCUACCUUCCAGGAUCUGUUAAACCGGACCCAGACGGGUCAAGCCACAGGCUGGUUUAAGACACUAAAUGAAUACUACUACAGAGACAGGUGGGAACUCUUUGACAUCAGCUCGGAUCCCACGGAAAGGCGGAAUUUAGCGGGCGAUCCGGCUUAUGCGCCGGUUUUGGAGAGCCUGAGGGCUCAGAUGCUUAAGUGGCAGUGGCUCACGGAGGAUCCAUGGGUGUGCGAGCCAGACGCGGUUCUGGAGACGAAACUAGAACCGCAGUGCAGACCGCUGUACAAUGAGCUAUGAGAACCUAAACUCAUAAGACUGAUAAAGCUUUUGUCUUUUACGUAUAUUGUAUAUAUAGUUAAAAAUUAUUUUUUAGGGGCUGUUUUUAAUACUCCAAAUCGUUUAACGUUUUAAUAAAUGGUUAAAAACAAAA